AUGAGCGAGCAGGGCAAAGUUUCUUCUCGCAGUAACGGCACUGCAACUGAAACCGUGGUUUCCAAACGUGCCAUUGAUACCAACGGCAACGUCUUCGAGGUUCCGGACUACACGAUUAAAGACAUUUUGUCGGCGAUACCAAAGGAAUGCUACAAGAGAGAUUUGUGGUGGUCGCUGCACUACGUGGCUCGUGACAUAGCCGCGAUCGUGACUAUCGGAUACGUGGGUACAAACUACAUCCCAGUAUGGUUCCCAACCAGCACGCUGGCGCGUGCUGCUGCCUACAUGGUGCAGUCGUACUUGAUCGGACUUUUCGGGUUCGGACUCUGGAUUCUGGCACACGAAUGCGGCCACUCUGCGUUUUCAGACUCUAACGCGGUCAACGAUACCGUGGGGUGGGUCCUACACUCGUGGUGGAUGGUUCCUUACUUCUCAUGGAAAUUCUCGCAUAGUAAGCAUCAUAAAGCGACAGGUCACAUGACCCGCGAUAUGGUGUUCAUUCCAUACACACAGAAAGAGUUUUUGGAAACCAAGAACAAGUCGAAGAUAAGCGAGGUUGUUGAAGAGACGCCCAUUGCUACGCUUUUCAACCUAUUGGCCCAACAACUUGGUGGAUUGCAAUUGUAUUUGGCCACAAAUGCUACCGGCCAAUCGUACCCGGGCGUCCCCAAGUUUUUCAAGUCCCAUUACUGGCCCACCUCUCCCGUUUUCGACGCCAAAGAUUUCUGGUACAUCAUUCUCAGUGAUAUUGGCAUUCUAGCCACUUUGACUGCAAACUAUGUGUGGUACAGAACAUACGGUGCUCACGUGGUGCUGAUCAAUUGGUUCCUGCCCUGGCUAUGGGUCAACCACUGGCUGGUAUUUGUCACAUUUUUGCAACACACAGACCCUACAAUGCCUCAUUACGACGCUACCGAAUGGACUUUUGCCAAGGGCGCUGCUGCCACCAUUGACAGAAACUUUGGGUUUGUGGGCCAGCACAUUUUCCACGAUAUCAUCGAGACCCAUGUUCUGCACCACUACUGCAGUCGUAUUCCAUUUUACAACGCCCGCAAGGCUACUACUGCUAUCAAGGACGUGAUGGGCAAGCACUACCGCUACGAGGGCGAAAACAUGUGGAGAUCGCUAUGGAAGGUUGCCAGAUCGUGCCAGUUCGUUGAGAACAACGAAUCGAAAGACGGCGUUUACAUGUUUAGAAACAUCAACAACAUUGGAACCCGUCCCGUCAGCGAGUGA